AUGGCUAACAUCGUUUGUCCACUUGUGGUGCUGCGUAAAACAGAUAAAAUCCUGAGCAAACUCGGAGAAGGGACUUUCGGAAGAGUUUUGGAAUGCUGGGAUCGCCAAAUGCAGCAAGCUCCAGAAGUGAUUCUUGGGACUGGGUGGUCAUAUCCAUGCGACAUCUGGAGUGCAGGUUGCAUUAUUGUCGAGCUUGUCACGGGGGAGGCGUUGUUUCAAACGCAUGAGAAUCUUGAGCACCUUGCCAUGAUGGAAAGACUGCUGGGUCCAAUUUCCCCACACAUCAUCAAGAAGGCUGACCGACGAGCUGAGAAGUACUUCAGAAAUGGAAGAGAACUUAAUUGGCCAGAGGGUGCUGCUUCACGUGAAAGCAUUCGGGCGGUCCGAAAGCUUCCCCGACUAAGAGAUUUGAUUAUGCAAUGUGUGGAGCAUUCAGCCGGCACACUCAUUGACCUUCUCUACUCGCUCUUGAAGUUUGACCCUGCACAACGGCUCACAGCUCGAGAGGCUUUGAAGCACCCGUUUUUCCGGGAGCCAAGCCGCUGCCUGCGGUAA